AUGGGAAGUGAUGGAGAUUCAGGGAACAAAUUUAAAUCUGAUGGCCAUAAUAAAAAAAAUUCCUUUUCUAAUGAUCAAGGAGAAAGAAUACAUGUACAAAAUGAUGUCGGAGUCGGUGGUAAUAGUUGUGUUAAAAUAAUUUUUUUCUGCUUUUUCGGUUUAUUAGUCGGAGCUGUCGGAUUAAUUUAUAUUCAUUCUCAGGGUUCAACUGAUGUCGACUUACCUUCAAUAGAAGAAUCUAGAUUUGCUGAAUAUUUUACCGGUUGGUUAGAUGAAACAGUCGAUGAUCAUAAAGACGAAUCUCAUGAACCUGAAGUAAAUAAUUAUGAAUUUGGCGAAAGUCAUGAAGAUGGAGAUGAAGAUGAUGAUAAUGUUCCAAAUUCGAGUUCAUAUGAUGAUGAUGAUGAUGAUGAUGGAGUUCGUGACUCUGAAAAUGAUAAAAUCCAAGAUCAAGGUUCAGAAGAAAAAUUUGCAUCAGAAGAAAGAAAAGAAAGCGAUGAAACUUCAACUUUACAAGAUGGAAAAAAGAAACGAAAUGAUGUGAAACCUAGAGAAAUUUUUUCUUUUAAUGAUGAAUAUUUUGAAAAUGUGAGGAAAAAUUUGGAAAAAAAUAAAAUUUUGAAAACUUAUAAGAACAAUAUUAAUGUUCUUCAUAAAACUACUGCCGAACAGAAUCAACCACAUGGUAAUGAUUUAGAAGAUGUCGAGGAUGGUGAGAAUAUUUCUGAUGAUGAAGAUGUCGAGGAUGGUGAGAAUGUCUCUGAUGCUGAAGAUAUCGAUGAUAGUGAGAACAUUUCUGAUGCUAAACAAAUCGAAAACAGUGAAAAUAUUUCUGAUGAUGAAGAUAUCGAAGACAGCGAGAACAUUUCUGAUGAUGAAGAUACUGAUAAAUCUAUCAAAAUUGAUGAUGAUAAUAUAAAAAAAACAAUAAAUACUAAAAGUGAGGAGGUUAUUGAAAAAGGCAAUGAAGUGGAAAAUAACAUAAAUGAUAAAUCAUUAAAAUCUCAGAUCAUAAAUGAAAGCACAACAGAUGAUGAUUCUGUCGGAAGUGAUGAGGAUUCGAAUGAAGGAAAACUUAUCGAAGACAACAUUGAAACAGAAAAACAAAAUUUUAAUUUUAAUAAUUUCAUCAAUUUCAAUUAUAAUUUGGGAUAUGAUGAAAUAGAGGACAGCGAAGAAAAUACUGAUGCAGAAAAUGAUGAAGUUUUAUAUAAUAAUAAUAAAGAAAUUUCACAUGAUGAUGAUAUCGAUGAAAAUAAUGAAAAUAAUAAUGAUAAUAAAGAAAUAGAAAAUUCAGAAUCUAGAAGAGUGGCUGUUAAAGUGGGUGUAGGAAUUGCUUUGAUCAUCGUUGCACAUUUGGUGCUUGUUCAGAAAUGGAAAACGAGGGAAUCGACAUCAGGUGAUUAUGAGGAAUCGAAAAUCGCAAAUUCGGAACCUCCUGUCAUAUCAAGAAAACAAACUUUAAUACCACAAGACGUAUUAUUAAACCAAGAGAAUAAUAUUGAAGAUGAAGGAGAAGAAGAAGAUGAAGAAGAAGAAGAAGAAUCAACGAUUAAUUACAGUUUUUGUGUAAACCCAUUUGAAACCUCCUUGAAAAAAAACGAUGAUGAUGAUGAUGAUUUAACAGGAAUUAAAACCGACAGAGAAAUGAAUGAAUUCGAAAAAGAAAUGGGGAAAAAAAUUUAUGAUUAUAUGAAAAGUGAUAAAGUUGAUCUGAAGGAAAAUUACGGUAAUAAGACAAAUAUUUACGAACGUCACCGCGAAGAAGAAGAAGAAGAAGAAAUGAGUGAAGAUUUGGGAGAAGAAGAAGAGGAAGAGGAAGAAUUAAGUGAAGAUUUAGAAGAAGAAGAAGUAAGUGAAGAUUUAGGAGAAGAAGAAGAAGAAGUGGAUGAUGAUGAAAACUUAGAGGAAGAGGAAGAAGAAAAUUAUAGCGAUAAUGACGAACAAUAUAAUAAUAAUAAUAAUAAUAAAUAUAAAUAUGAGGAUAAUGAUAAUGAUUACGAUGAGUACGAUUACGACGAGGAUGAAGAUGUCGAAGACGAAGAAGAAGAUAAUGAUAAUUAUUUGGAAAAAAACAACAGGAUCACAUUAGAACCACCCAACAAAUAUUUGACGACGGAAUCGUCAUCAUCAUCAUCAUCACCACCUAUUCCGCCACCGAGAACGAAUAAAAGGGGUGGGGGUCUAUCGGCCGAAGAAAAUUUAAACGAAAAUAACGAGUUUGAAAAUGAUUCGAUCGAAGGUGAAGAUCAUGACGAAGAAGUAAAACCAGACGAAUAUUCGAAUACUUUCGAUCGUGAUGAAGAAGAGAGAGGAGGAGGAGGACCAGGUGAAGAAGAAGAAGAAGGAGGUGGAGGACCAGAAGGAGGACCAGGUGAAGAAGAAGAAGAAGAAGAAUGGUCAUUUAGAAAAGAUUUCAAAUAUGCCGAAGAGCAAUUUCAAAACAAUCCUCAAGAAGCUCUUCGAACGUACGAGAAAAUCCUAAUGGAAAAGCCAAACCUGAUAAAAGCACUGGUGGGACGAGCUAAAGCAUUGGAUCACAUGGCAGAAAAACAAAAGAGUAACGCAUAUUUAAAACAAGGAAUCGUAGCCUACAAGAAUGUUUUGUUAAACCACGGUUCGAAACUUGAUGAUGACACUUAUAAGAAAUUGGCAGAGGUUUGCAUAGCAAGAAUGAGAUUCGGUGGACACCUUGUGCUCGCGAUAGAAGUUCACAAAGCAUUGAUUGCGAGGUUUCCAAACAAUCCCAAAUACAGGAACGCACUUGCCGUGAGUUACCUAAUGUUAAACAAUAUCGAACCCGCAAGAAAAGUUUUAAAAGAAACAUUAAAACGUUGGCCUACAGACGGAUUUGCUCUCGUUCAUUACGGUUUCAUAUUGAAAACGACGGAUAAUAAUUUAGAAGAAGGUUCCCAAUUGUUAAUGAAAGGAAUACAAACGCGAGAAGAUGGCGUCAUUGAUGGAAUGUUUUUUUUCCAUCUGGGAGAUGCAUUGAACAGGUUGGGACGAGCUAACGAAGCCAUCAAAUGGUACGACAUAGGAGUUCAAGAAGGUUUAUUUUUAAACAGGUACCAAAGGAGUUUAUACAACAUAAAAAGACUGAAAAGCCAACCGUGGUGGACGAUUGAAGAAACGACUUAUAGAGAAUUUUUCAAGAAGCUUGAAAAGAAUUGGAAAGAAAUUCGAAAAGAGGGACUCGACCUUCUUAAUUUAAAAGGAAAUAAUUUAUUUAAAGUAGAAUCUGAAAAAUUAACCGACGUCGGUGAUUGGCGACAAUUAGAUCUUUUCAUAAGAGGAAGGCAACAAGCUAGUUGUAAAAGAGCACCCAUAACAUGUUCUCUAGUCAGUUCUUUCAAGCCAGCAUCAAGUUGCACAAGAGGACAGAUCAAAUUCAGCGUCAUGCAUCCAAAUACUCACGUUUGGCCUCAUUGUGGACCCACCAAUUGUCGGCUGAGGAGUCAUUUGGGUUUAGUCGUACCAAAAAAUACAUACAUAAGAGUCGCCGAAGAAACGAGGACAUGGGAAGAGGGAAAAAUUAUUGUUUUCGAUGAUAGUUUCGAACACGAGGUUUGGCAUAACGGAACAAGUCUGAGAUUAGUGCUAAUAGUAGAUGUUUGGCAUCCGGAAGUAACAUUACACGAACAAAAAACAUUAUCCCCUAUUUAA